UGGCAACACCGAAGUUGUAAUGCCAACCUAAAGACCUCAAUCUUGAACAACUUCCUUUUUCUCGUGUACUUUUGACAACACGAGGUUAUAAUCGCUGUUGUGCUUUAAAAAGCAUCAUAAUGGCUGAAGAAAGCUGGAACGAUGAAAGUGUCGAAGCGGGCAGCAUGGCUAUUGACAGCGCGCCCCUGCCCCUAGCCGCCGACAUUCCUGAAAUCAAGCUGUUUGGAAGGUGGAGUUGCUAUGAUGUUCAGGUGUCUGACAUGUCCCUGCAGGAUUACAUCUCAGUCAAGGAAAAAUACGCGAAAUACUUGCCCCACUCCGCCGGCAGGUAUGCACACAAGAGAUUCCGUAAGGCUCAGUGCCCCAUCGUCGAGCGUCUGACCAACUCACUGAUGAUGCACGGACGUAACAAUGGCAAGAAACUUAUGGCUGUCCGUAUUGUGAAGCACGCCUUUGAAAUCAUUCACCUUUUGACGGGUGAAAAUCCUCUUCAGGUGCUUGUGACAGCUAUCAUCAACUCCGGACCUCGUGAAGACUCCACUAGGAUCGGUCGUGCUGGUACAGUGCGUCGUCAAGCCGUGGAUGUGUCCCCCCUGCGCCGUGUAAACCAAGCCAUCUGGUUGUUGUGCACCGGUGCCCGUGAAGCGGCAUUCAGAAACAUCAAAACGAUUGCCGAGUGUGUUGCUGAUGAACUUAUCAACGCAGCAAAGGGUUCUUCAAACUCUUAUGCCAUCAAGAAGAAGGAUGAGUUGGAGCGUGUCGCUAAGUCCAACCGUUAAAACCUUUAUUUUAAGAUAUGUCUCAAUAAAAAAAAGUAAGAA